AUGAAUAACAACUUCAACAUCCCUGCCGCACCUUAUGCGCCGCCGCUGCUCCUGGACGCGACACUUGAGGAGCUGCGAACUGGGCUAGAUGCCGACCACUUCACCAGCCUUCAGCUUGUUCAAGCCUAUGUUCGUCGAAUCCAGCAGGUCAAUCCCCUAUUGGAUGCUGUCACGCAAAUCAACCCUGACGCCCAUGUGACUGCUAUUCAACUUGAUAACCAAAGGGAUCAGAUGAGGAAUCGUUCUCAGCUCUCCAGGCUCGGCCCUCUGCAUGGCAUUCCAGUCUUGAUCAAAAAUACCUUUGUAAUAGAUGACAAUAUGCCAACCACAGUCAGUUUGCACGGCGUAAUAGGAACCCGCGUUCCCGAAGACAGCACAGUAGUACGCAAGCUGCGUGGCGCUGGAGCUAUCAUCCUUGGGAGAACAAGGACCGAGUGGCCUGCUCUCCGUCACCACAGCUAUACAAACAAUGCAAAGAAAUGGACUCCACACGGAGGUUGCACCAGAGGCGCAUAUUUCGAGGGGCAGGUCGCAAAGGGUUCCUGUGGUGGUUGCGCAGUGGGAGCUUCAAUAGGCCUUGCGUGGGCAUCUGUGGCCACUGAUACUGAUGGCUCCAUCAUCAUGCCAGCAAGCCAGAGCAAUGUGGUUGGCUUCAAACCGACGGUUGGACUAACGUCACGGCAUCUGGCAAUUCCCCAGGUGUUGAGACAGGAUUUGGUCGACACGCUGAGACUUGAGUCGGUUGGUACGAUGGCCCGAACCGUCAGAGACGCGGCGUAUUUGAUGAAGGCCAUCAUGGGGCGAGAUGGAUGGGAUCCUUACACGACAAGAAUUCCCUUUGACAUCUAUCCUAAUUACGUGGCAGCUUGCAGGGAAGACGGCCUGCGAGGAAUGAGAAUCGGUUUCUUGCGAUCGCUGGCUUGGUUUCUCCAAAUCUGUACCUACGACUUGUCAGUAGAUAAAUUCAACCAGGCCUUGGAUAUGAUGCGCAAGGCCGAAGCUACAAUAGUCGACGGCAUCAUGCUCAAUGGAGCUGUAAACACGGACUCGGAUAGCGCUCAUCAUCGUCGUUGUGCCCUUGAUUUCUCGCUCGACUCUCCUAGGCAUCUUUGCCAUUCUAGAAAGACCCCGAGUAACAUGUAUUCAGCGAUGGAUUCCCGUGGCGGUACUCGAGAUAAACCAUAUGGAUCACACGCCUGUUGUCAAACAAACGCUUCCAAAGAAGCCCUCGAGAGGGAAAAUAACAAGACGCCGACAAGCCAGGUGCCUGAGCAUGAGCAGGGAUACUUGGACGAUUUAGGCCUUUUGACUGCUUUCAAGAAAUAUGAGCUUGACGCUGUUGCUACAUGGCCGCACGUUGCUGCCACGCUCUGUUCGCGGAUGGGUAAUAUUUGUGCAAUCACGGUGCCCUUUUCAAAGCUGGGGCCGGAAAGACCCAUCGUUGCCAGCGAUGACGGCUCGAUUGACUCGGCCCCCAAUAAGCCCUAUGGGAUUUCUUUCAUCGGCACCAGUUUUCAGGAGGAAAAGCUAUUCAAGAUAGCCUACGCCUUUGAGCAGCUGGCUCAAGCACGCAGCAAGGUCCGUCCAAUCGUCGUUCCGAGGACAGAGCUGGCAGAUUUAUUGAUGUGCCGAGGUCAAUGA